AUGUCAGGGAUGCCACAGAUCGAUAUCUCAAUCACUACUUCAUCUACCACUCUCUACAAGUACCACUUCGGAAAGAACUUUACUGUUACUGUGGAAGCCACUCUGUCUCCUCUGGCCAGAAAACCUAUCACAGUCCUUGUCCUUGACACUCCACUUGACAAAUAUGGAACUAGUUGGUUUGAGCACAACCUCAUCCUCACCAACACCGAAACCUCUGAGGCUCACGUAACAUUGCCAAGGUACGAGCUCGCUCCAGCCAACGAGGCCCCUCUGGAGACUGAUGAGUUGAACCCAGCCAUUCACCGUGACUCCCAGGACUUCUUUCUGACUCUCUAUCCAGGCAAACCCUACUCGGUGGCUCAUACCCUAUCUGCUGACUUUGUAAGUAGCAUCGAUAUCGGGGUUGAUAUCUCACGUUAUCGCACAAUGCUUGUAGAGGCAUACAACCUCAAGAUUGAUUACUGUUACGAGAUUUCCUUGCAGGACGCAGCUCGUUUGAUCCGGUGGUAUCGAUUUGGCGAAAUGAAGCAAGUUCUGAGCGGAUACACUUGUGUGUCGAGUCUGCUUCGCCAACUUAUACGUCGGACGCAGCACGUUGAACGUGUCAACGAUUCAAUCAUGCCUCCGAUCCGCCUUACAUUGCAGAAUAUCCAAGGCGUCACCGUGAUGGUCAAGAAGACCGAGGAACUAACUCGACUUGCGCACAUAGAGGAUGACCGAUAUUUGUUUCGAGUUGAAUCAGAUCCCCACUUUUAUAUUACCUCUGGCAGUAUUGUUUCUUUUGUGUGGGAUCCCUUACAGGUCGACUCGGACUCUGAUGAUUCUCAUAUCUAUUUGUGUGACUAA